AUGCUAGGAGGCUUUGUGAUCCUAAGAAAGUUGAUUGGAUCCGAAAAUUGUUAUCAGAUAACAAAAUCUCUUUUUUAUGUAUGCAGGAAACUCAUCAUAGUAAUACAUACUCUAACUUAUCUUUGGAACAAUAAUCCCUUUAAUGUUUCGGGGGUUGAGGCGCAAGGCAGAUCAGGAGGUAUCAUUAGCAUUUGGGACCUUUCCAUAUUUAAAGUGUCAAACACUUUGAAGUUACAAAAUGCAGUGGUUUUGUCCGGGUACAUAACGGGUGACACUACAAUUAUCAACAUUGCAAAUGUCUAUGCCCCGCAAGGAAUAAACGAGAAAAAGGAUCUCUGGGAUCAGUUGGGCCACAUCAAAGAAUCAAAACCUGGCCUAUGGAUCAUGCUAGGAGAUUUCAAUGAAGUCAGAAUACCUUCUGACAAGAAAAAUUCAAUCUUUAAUAGGUAUGGUGCGACGGAAUUUAUAUCUUUCAUUGACGAUGCCAAUAUGUUAGAAUACAACAUGGGUGGAUACAAGUACACUUUCUCAUUAGAAAAUGGUGCUAAAAUGAACCUUGAUGGUGUGGUGUUGGAAGCUUAUUCUAAGCCGGUUAAACAUGGAAGGCCUGACUACAUGUUACACUCCAAAUUGAAAAACAUUAAGUUUGUGAUUAAAGAAUGGAUGGGAAAAGAAAAAGAAAUGGAAGGUAGUCGAAUGGUGGAGCUGGAAAAAUGUUUAGAUGAGCUUGAAUUAGUGGAGGAGUCUAGAGAUCUAACUUAUAUUGAGAUUGAGAAAAAGAUAAAGGAAAAAAAAUAUAUGAUGGAACUAGAAAAUGCCAAAAGACUCGACAUCAAACAGAAAGCAAGGAUAAAAUGGGCCAUUGAUGGGGAAGAAAACACCUCUUUCUUCCACGGGUGCAUAAAUGCCAGGAUUAUGAACAACAAAGUUCAUGGCAUUUGGCUAAAUAAUUCGUGGAUAGAUGAUCCGCAGGAGAUCAAGAAAGAAGCAGCCGCCUACUUUUCAAAGAAGUUUAGAGAACCAUUGGUGAAGAGGCCAAAACUUGUAUGUGGGGACAUAAAAAAGCUGUCAAAUCAGGAAGCUAGAGAUCUGAUCGCUCCUUUCAAAAUGGAAGAAAUCAAAAGAGCAGUUUGGGAUUGCGGGAGUAACAAAGCUCUAGGACCAGACGGGUUCUACUUCGCCUUUAUAAAAAGGUACUGGGACAUUUUUUAG